GAGAGAGAGGUGAAUGGAGGAGGAUAGCAUAUUACUACUACUGCAUGGACCGAUGCACAGGAGCAGCAACAGCAGCAGCUGCAAGUCUGAGGCGCACAGAGACGCACAACAAAAACCAAUAAGAGGAGCGGACGCGCAACUCUGCAUUUAGUGGACUAAUAUUUUUUCGUCCUCUCUCAGAAGUUAUAGGACAGCUUCUGCUCAACAAGUAGGGUAGCUUUUUUAAUUUUAGCUCUGACACUUUGCACUGCGCUUCAUUUACAUUUUUUAAUUUUUAUUUUUUUGCCUUUGGAGUUGGUACUCUGAUUCACCUUGCAGUCAUAUUUGUUUGGAUCAGGACGCACUAAAUGUUGCCACAGUUGUCAGGUAAAAACAUACAGGAGAUCUUGUGCAAAGUCAGAAUGGAGUGAAAUCAGACUUUGAAUGAUUUAUUAAUUGAAAUUUCAAAAAAAAUUUGUCUUUGCAUCCAUUAAUAAAAUUCUCGUGUUUAUGCUCAAAGUAACAGUCUAAAUCCGUGCGUAAACGCUCGAAAAGUGUUUCUUUACCCCGUGGGCUCACCGAAAGGCUGGUAGAAGUAGUUUUUUUUCUACCUGUGGAGAGAAAUAAAGUGUCAGAGAUAUUUUUGCAGACUGUAAACAUGAAUGGAAAGGAGGCAAAGCGUCGCCUCUGAAUUUUCGCGCAAAGUGCAGUAUAGAGACCCACUGCACAUCCAAGAAAGGAUUUAGGUGAACUUAGCCGGAGAUUUAUGUUUGCUGUAACUCUUCAAAAAUUUUACUUUUUACCAAGAACCUCAAUUUGCAGUAAGUGAGAACUUUGGAUACGUUUUUUGUUUUUUUUUAAUUUGACCUCUUUGGAAUGCACUGAUGGUUUAUUGCCUAUUUGAUUAGGCUGUUUUCCUAAUUUGUUUACUGAAAUAAAUUAAUUUUAAAUACCAAAAAAAGACAAACUAAACAGCAGUUUCUUUUUUUUGCUGGGGAAAUAUGCGCAUAUAAACCUAACACAAACACAGUCUGGUGUGCGAGAUCUUGCUGCUGACCUGGAAAAAAAGACUAAAAUCUUUUUUUUCCUCCUUUAUUCUCAACAAAUCCCCGCCAAAUACCUUCCCUGACGUGAGAAAAUGUUGUUGAUCAGACUACUGGCCAUCUUCCUCGUUCUCAUCACUAACACGUGGCUGCUGAACCCGGUUCGCUCCGAUGCACUCAGCCGGUACAAACGUGCCUUGGCUCGGCGGGCAGACAGUGAGCUCUCCAGGCUAGCAGGUGAACCCUGCACCGUCUCCGGCGCCUGGAGGUCCCGGCGGCAGCCCCGUUCCCUCUCCCCGUCCCAACAUCGCCCUCCAGCGGCCCGUCCGAGGACGCACACGAGCCGGAGAGAGCUGUACACUGUCAAGAGCACUGCUGCCGUUUGUGCAGGAGGCUGCAGGUUCGACGCCGGGGCGCAGCGGGUCGCUCCGGCGGGGGAGGAGAAGUUCGGCUGGGGAAACACCGAGGAUGUGACACCGGGAGCUGGGGAUGGAUACGUUACGUCGCCCGGACGGUUCAACGCGAAACGCUCCAGAGACCCAGAUUAUGUGCGUAAAGACGCCGCGCGGCAGACCGGGAAGUCGCUCCCUAAAGACGACGGACAGAGUGCCUCCUCCGUGGCGCGCACGGAGCCAAACUCCCGCUCCAGGUUCUCCCGCAGCCUCGAUACGACGUCUCCUUACGACGACGACGACGACUCGGGCAACUCCACCUGGGAGAAAGUUUCAUCAUCUGACAGCUCCACAGAUUCCAGGGGGCUCCAGGUCCUCCAGAGGCUGAAGCAGGGAGAUGGAGACCCCCAGUCCUCCACGGUUGCCCCGGAGGAGGUGACGGAGGACUACUCCGGGGAGCUGGAGGAUCCUCCGGGGAGCUCACCCGGAGGCAGCUGGGGGAGCCCCGUGCCGAGGGUGCCCCCUUCCUGGAUGACCGCCCUGUACUUCAACGGGCGUCGGGAGCAGCUGAAGGUGAAGCUGGCAGCAGGAGUGGAGCUGCCGAGGGCCACGUUCAGCCUGGAGCUGUGGGUGAAGCCGGAGGGCGGGCAGAGCAACCCUGCGGUGAUUGCAGGUGUAUUCGACAACUGUUCCCAUUCACUAAGUGAGAAGGGCUGGUCUGUGGGCAUUCGCACUGUGGAACCUGCAGGCACCAAAGACGCACGUUUCUACUUGACGCUUCGCACAGACCGAGCUGUGAAAUCCACCACCAUCUACAGCCAUCAGCGGUACAGAGCCAAUGUCUGGACUCACCUGAUGGCCACUUACAACGGCCACAACAUGACCCUGUAUGUCGAUGGAGCCAAGGUGGGAGAAAGCAGUCUCCAGUCGGGGAAUCUCUACAGUCCCUUCAUGAAGACCUGCAGAACCCUUUUCCUCGGCAGUAAUCAGUCUGACCAGGGACACAGCUUCAGGGGCCACAUGGGAGGAGUGGUCUUGUGGGGAUAUGCCCGCUCCCAUGAGGACUUGUUGAAACGGCCACUUCAAAUUGACAAGAGCGAGCCGGUCCUGGCGAUGUGGGCUGACUUCACGAAUGUGGAACAGCUAUGGAUGCCAUAUAAAGCUGGCCUCCAUCCGACCAUCAUCACCACUCCUGUUCCUGAACAAGAACGUGUCUCUGCCUUCUUGCCACCACCCUGCGGCCUGACGCCCUGCGACAACACAGACAUCAUCUUCGGCUACAACGAUCACUGGCAGCUCCGUACCACCAAGCGAGUUCGCUACCGGAUUGUCAACCUCUCAAAUGAUGACGGCGGAAACCCUACUGUGACGAAUGCACAGAUCCAGCUCCAGCACCGGACUCUGACUGAAGCCUUCCGACCUUACAACAUUACCCUGGAUCUGAGUCUCUACACCGUCAGAAACUCCAGCCUCCGACAGAGGUUUAUCCUCAGUAACUGUCGUAUCGGUAAGAUUGGGAACCGCCACUGUGACCCUGAGUGUGACCAUCCAAGGACGGGCCACGAUGGAGGGGACUGCCUCAGGCUGGGGCCCUGCUACAACUGGAAGAGGCAGGAUGGGGUUUGUAACAUGGAGUGCAACAGCAUACACUAUGACUAUGAUGAUGGAGACUGCUGUGAUCCGGAAAUCACAGACGUCCUCAAGACCUGCUUCGACCCUGAAUCUCCUGACAGGGCUUAUAUGAGUGUGAAAGAGCUAAAAGAGGAACUUCAACUGAGUGGCACAGACACACUCAAUGUUUUCUUUGCCAGCAACUCAGUGCGUGAAGAACUGGCAGGAGCUGCAACCUGGCCAUGGGCAAAGGAGGCUCUCACACACCAAGGUGGGAUGGUCCUGAACCCGGCCUACUUUGGGACGAUUGGCCACCACAACACAAUGAUCCAUGAGAUGGGGCACAUAUUUGGACUGUACCAUGUCUUUAAAGGGGUGAGCGAGCGGGACUCCUGUGAUGAUCCAUGUCAGGAGACUACCCCGUCCAUGGAGACUGGAGAUCUGUGCGCUGACACUGCACCAACACCCAAAUCCAAAGCCUGCCACGACCCCGGAGCUGUCAAUGAUACAUGUGGAGUCACCACCUACCAGGACACCCCAUAUAGCAAUUACAUGAGUUACACAGAUGACAACUGCACCAACCAUUUCACUCCAAACCAAGUGGCCAGGAUGCACUGUUACCUGGACUUGGUCUACCAGAAGUGGAUGAUGGACCUUCAACCAGCUCCGAUCCCUCUGGCCCCCAUAGUGACUGACCAGAGCACAGAUUCUGUCUCGAUCUACUGGCUCCCACCUAUAAGGGGAGCACUUUAUCAGAGCACCUCAUUCCACCGGUCUGGUAUCAAUUGUGGAGACUGUGAGAAAGAUGGCGUCUUCCACCAGUACGCCUAUGAGGCCACCUCACCUCGGAUCUGUGAUACGUCAGGCUACUGGACACCUGAGGAGGCAAUUGGACCACCUGAUGUGGAGCAGCCCUGCGAUCCUAGUCUCCAGGCUUGGAGUCCUGAGCUCAGCCUUUAUGAUACUAAUGUGACGUCACCGUGUCCCGACACCGAGGGCUGCACCCUCACGCUGAAAUUCCUGCAUCCCAUCGUUCCACAUGCACUCACCCUCUGGGUCACAUAUGUGUCUUUGAACAACCCAGCCAUAGCCAACAUUGAACUGAUUACAGACACGGGGAAAAGCAUUAACCUCGGACCGCAGCAUGUCUUCUGUGACAUGCCCCUCACUAUGCGCCUUGACACCCACAACGUUGCCAUCGCCGCCAUAAAGCUCUGCACCUUUGAUGAGAAAAUGGAGAUUGAUGCGGCCAUGCUGUCGUCAGGACCCGGCAGCCCUCUGUGCUCCGGCUGCCAACCUCUGCUGUACCGGAUUCAACGUCAGCCGCCUUUCGCCAGUAAACCCCCGGCGCCUCAGACCCAUCAGACGUUCACAGACAGCUCUGUUACACAUGGAGUCAAGUACCAGUAUACAGUCCAGGUGGAAGCAGAAGGUGUCCUCAGCGAUCCAUCCCCACCUCUCCUCUAUACACAUGGACAGACCUACUGUGGGGAUGGUCUCAUACAGGGGACAGAAGAGUGUGAUGAUAGUAAUCUGCUGGAUGGUGAUGGCUGCUCGAAGAAAUGCCACAAGGAGGUGGGCUUCAAUUGUAAAGGUGAGCCCAGCCAGUGUUAUGUGUUUGACGGCGACGGUGUGUGCGAGGAGUUUGAGAGGGGCUCCAGCGUUCAGGAUUGCGGUUACUUUACACCUUUGGGCUACACAGAUCAGUGGGCAUCCUCUGCCACGGCUUCUCACCAGGACCCCAACCGCUGCCCCGCCCACGCUGCCACCAGGGAGCCGUCCCUUACCAAGCUCUGCAGGUACCAGCACCUGGAGGUGAGUGAGAAAUCGCCCACUGAUGCCUGGUUCCCAUGCACAGCCCAGUCUGACACAAACAAUGACCUGGAACAUUCACUCUGGCUAAAGGUGGGAUUUGCUCAUUCUGGGGUGGCAGCCUCUGUGAUGGUGUACUUGGCCUCUGAUGGGUCGUGGUCUGGGGAGCAGUGUCGGAGGACGGUCACCAUCUUUCUAUCUGAUACCACUGGCAAGAACCACUCACUCGGCACACAUGACCUCUCCUGUCAUCGGAACCCGUUGGUGGUGAAUGUUACCCAUGACCUCUCUCAGCCCUUCUUCCUCACGUCCUCAGUCAUCCUCCUCUUCUCCUCCUCCUCUGUGGCAGUGGCAGGUGUGGCUCUGAGGACCUCCUGCCACUUCAGCACCUUCGCCCUGACCGGCUGUUUGCGGCAGCCGUGUCAGAUGGACAGCUGCAGUCCUCUUCAGUUAGAGCAUGCGUCGGUCAGGUGUACAGGAGGAGGGGAGGCUUCUCGCUGCUCUGUUCAGUGUCACCGUGGCUUCAGCAUCACUGUGCUCAACGGCAAAGAGACCCUGGCCCACCAGAGAAAGACCGAGCUGGAGUGUUUUCACGGUUCAUGGGAUCGUGCAGUUAGCUGUCAGCCUGUAGACUGUGGUCUUCCCGAUCAGUCUCACGUCUACCACGCCAUAUUCAGUUGCCCCUGGGGAACCACCUUUGGCAAACAAUGUUCCUUUACCUGUGGAUCGCCAGCAAUAUUACAAGGUGACAGUGACAGGCUGGUGUGUUUGGAGGACGGGCUGUGGUCUUUCCCAGAGGCCUACUGCAAGAUCGAGUGUCCAGAGGUUCCAAACAUAUCCGAUGCCAAGCUGCUAACAGCGGACUGUCUCGCUUCAGGGCACGACGUCGGCUCUGUGUGUCGGUACAAAUGCAACCCAGGCUUUUAUGUCUUAGGAAGCCUCAAAAAGAAGACACUGAGGAAGUAUUUCAGGUUAGAGUGCCUGGAGGGAGGGCAGUGGGAGGAAUUGGGCUGUGAGCCAAUAUCCUGCCCAGCACUACCGGACGUAUUCCAGGGGAUGUACACCUGCACCAACGGCUUGUACUAUGAUACCCUCUGCAGCCUGCGGUGCCCGGACACAACAGAAAAUAGUGAAAUUCGCUGCACUAAGGAUGGUCAAUGGACAGCAGAGUUCACCAUGUGCUCCAAGCUGCAGGGUUCUUGUUCGACUCCUCCAGAUCUCAACUCUGUGGAAUACAGCUGUGACCAGGGGAUGGAUGUAGGUGCCCAGUGCUACCCAACAUGCAUUGUGACUCUGGACAUGGAUCUGCGUGACCCAGUGGUUCUGCCCAACAGCACCACAGCUGACUCUUUGAAGCACUGGAUGCUGCCAACCAAAGUCGAGAGCAUAGUUUGCACAGGGAUGAUGAAGUGGUACCCUGACCCACAACACAUCCAUUGCAUCCAGUCAUGUGAGCCUUUUGGAGCGGACGGCUGGUGCGACACCAUCAACAACAGGGCCUACUGCCAGUAUGACGGAGGAGACUGCUGCCCGUCCACACUCUCCACCAGAAAGGUCAUUCAGUUUGGGGCAGACUGCAAUCAGGAUGAGUGCACUUGCCGUGAUCCGGACGCCGAGGAGAACAAGAGCAAAGCCAAACACUCAGGAGGAGGAGGAGGAGGUGCUGGAGGAGGAAUGCAGUAAGAUGGAGGGAUGAAAGAAACUGAACCACAGAAUAUACACCACAACAAACAAACUAAAAAUAUCAGAUUUUCAACAUUUUGUAAUGCAAAGAAUGCGAUUGAAGUCAGACUUCAUAAAAUAAAAGCCACUUUUAUUUCAUCAUAAGAGAUUUCACUGUUAAAUUGCAUCAAAUAUGAGUCAUAUCAGUUUAAAACUUUAAUCCUUGCCUCGAAUCCAGCCAAAUAGGAUCCACACAUGGAUAUAAUGUUUUGUUUCCUUGUUAAGAAGUUAAAGGUUAUCUUCACUGUUGGACCGAAAAUUAUAUUUAGAAAAUUGGAGCCCAACUGCGAAACAGUUGAGGUGUAGUUCAAGUGGGGUUAAACCGUUUAUCCUCUUGUCUGGAAAUCAAGGCAUCGUAAUUGGAUCAAAUCACGAUUGUAAAUGGACUCUAGUACUUUUCUGGACUUGAUUAGUCUCGGGACAGAGAAACCAAAAGAACUGGCUGUGCCUGAAAACUGUCCAGUGCAUGAGAAAUCCUCACGCGAAGAGCUACUGAGGAAAAAUAUUAGCACUACCAUAUUUAGAUAAUAGCGAGGCACACAAUGGCUAAUGUUUCUCUGUCUCAUAAUGGAUGUUAAAUACGUUUUUUAAAGUCACUUGACUGUUCAAAACCAAAUAAUUACUAGUCAACCUCAGUCAAGGUCAGGUGAACAAAGGCAAAGACACAUGACCUCAAAAGAAAUAAAACUAACUAAUCUCCUCUAUUGUUAUGGCAGACCAAACAAAUCCUCCCAAAGAUUGACAUAAAUUAAAAUCUUCAUCCUUCUACAAGCAGUUGUGUCUGACAUGUAGCUGUUAGAAAUGUAAGAGGAUACAUAUCUGUAAAGACUAACAUGUAUAGAUAAUAUGUUUGGAUCACCUAACAUAUCUACUAGAUCACUUAUUAGUCACACAGGUCAAUAUCACAAACCAAGUAGUACCAACAUGUAUUUGUACCAUACAGCAUAUGCAAAGGGUUUCCCAAAAAAGCAGCACAGAAAACACGAAAGUAUUAUAAAUAAUUACACCUAAAUCUAAAUGGAAGGUCAAAUAUUGAAUGUACAGUGUGAGUACUGGAUCAGAAUGGGUGUCAUAAAUUAUAUCUAAAACAAUUCCACUGAAACAAAUCUGCACAUAAAGCUUGGGGGGAAGAAUGGUAACACUUUUGGGAAACCCUGGCAUAUAUUUCACUUUACACAGACUCCUGCUUGCAUGCGUGUACGUGAGCAAGGUUCUGGAGUUCAUUAACCAGAAAUGAUGAAGUACCCCAUCACAAUAUUGUAUCUAUAAAAGUAUAAUCAUGUUCUUUGUGAUAUUUUACAGUACUUUAUACUCUAUGAAAUAAAUAGCAACUUUAUAUCGACCCUAA